AUAUGAUGCGUAGACAGUGAUCUCAGUUUCAACUCCUAAUUAGCUCCUAGCUAGCUAGCUUUAUAUACCAAAUCGAAGAAGAAGAAGAUAAUGUCCGGCUACGGGCAGCAGCCGACGGGCGAUCGUCUUGAGUCGGCGACGUUGGUGCAGUCCAUGGAGUCGACCAAGGAUACGAUCGUCCGGCGCAUCACCGAGUCGGCGGCCACCGUCGACAGCGCCGACGUGCAGGCGGCCGCGGCCAAGCUGACGGCGGCUGUGGAGUACAGGUUCGACGUUGCCAAAGCUGACGUUGAUCGGAUCAUGGCCGGGAGAGGCAACUAGACAAGUGAUCGUGGAAGACGACGAACACCGCUGGCACACAUGUCCGAUGCAGUACAAGAUCGAAAUUUUUAUCUGCCCCGAUAGAAUUUAAUUAGCCUUUUUCUUUGUUUUUCUCUUGUAACUUUCUUUAAACAAGUUGCUGGCAGAUCAGGCUUUAGUUCUGAUAGAUAGAGCAACACCAACAUGGAUCGGCGCUGUUAUGAAAAAGCAAUAAAAUUAAUUGCAUCGUGGACUCAAUACAUAUUAAGUAGGUUAA